UUGUCACAACGCACGGAGACUCUGGUCCCUCUCACAAUGAAGCUGCCGGCUCUGAUUGAUCUGAGUCUCAUAUUGAUCCUGGCCUCCUACUCAAAAGGUCAAAAAUGGGAUAUUAAUCUCACUCAACGCAUUAAUGCAACAAUGGGCUCAACCGUGACCAUACUGUGCACAUUUACUUAUCCGGAAGAAUACCACACCAAUGAUGUUCAGGUUUACUGGAAAAGACGUGGGAGAAGCAGCUUCAAUACCGGAGACAAUGACAAAAACCAGUUUGUCCUUCACACGAAUGAAACGUUCAUGGUGGAGCAAUACAGAGGAAACACCGAGCUCAUUGGAAAUAAAGAUGAGGGAAACUGCUCCCUCAAGAUUCGGAGUGUCACCUAUAAUGAACCGAGUCUCUAUGUGAGACUCAUCACAAAUGGUCAAAACUUCAGCUUCGUAAGGAAAGUUGUGUCCAUUUCAGUGUCUGGUGUUGCACCUGUCGUUCUCAGCCAAGGUACAAACCCCCCAUUAUUCACCGUCGCAACCACACUCAUGCCUAUUAUCCUGGACGACUCAACCAUGUAUACAGCCAUCACUGUUCCACUUUUUGUUCUUCUCCUCGUUGUCGUCGUCUUCGCUGCAGUUUGCUGUCACAAAAAGUGCAAAAAGUCACAAUCUUUCACCAGGGAGGAAUCUGGAUACUAUGCCAAUUUUAGCAGAGCAUCAGAGGACCCAGCCCAAAGAGUGGCAUCCUGUGAAAAUCAACAAAACAAAACAUUUUCUGAACCGAAUAUUAUUGAUGAGCCCAUCUACGUCAACACCGAGGCCCUUACAGAUCAGGUGGAUGAGGAUCACAUACAAAAUGUUUACGGAAAUGUAGAUUACUCAAAAUAGCACAAUAGCUGAAUCUCAUACAUCUAUUUGGUCUUAAACCUUUGUCUCAAAUGCAACCUUUGAAUUCUGCAUUGUUGGGGGUUUUGUUCAUGUCUGUGAAACAUCCUCUAGGCUAUGAAAGAUUAAUUGUGUGUCAUAAUGUAAAUGCAGAACCAACAACUAAAGAUGUUCCCUUAAAAAAAAACGGCGUGUUAUCGUGCCAGCAUGUUCCUUACUAGAACUAAAUAGACUCUCACGUACUCGCCCAGUUCUGCUCCAAUGACCUUGAACAACCACAAAGAUACUCAAAUUCACUAAAAGGAGAUAUAAAUAGAGCAUAAAAGGCUCAUUAUUAGAAAGACAACAUGUCUGUAUGAUUUGUAGUCACUUCAUGACUCUUUCAGUUUGGUUGUCUUGUCAUUUUUAUGUAUGUCGGUUACUCCUGAGUCCAGAUGUUUAUUUUCUUAUAAUUUCUUCACGGCUGUGGACUAACAGGAGUUGCAUAUAGCAAGUAUUUAUUUUUCGUUAUUUCAUAUUAUAAAAUGUAAGUUGUUUGGCAGUCAUGUAAGAAAGUAUAA